UGAAAACAUGGCGGCUCACGCGGGGCUGUCGGCACCGGCUGUCCGCAGCGUUUCUAGCUUCCCCGCUUCGGCUCUGUCUGCCGAAGCCGCUCCCUUCACCCCCAUGGCGGCGGACAGCCGGCAGCCAGGCUCCCUGUCGGACGCAGAGAAGCAGUUUUCCCGCUGCGCCUCCAAACUCAGAGCCCUGCGAGCAAACUCCGGCCAGCUGAGGGAGGAGCUCAACCUGCUGUUUGACCAGCUGCUGUCCGAGAACUACAACAAAACCUUCGAGCCCAACAUCAACAUCCAGCCAGAGGAUGUGUGUGUCCUGCUGAGGCAUGUCAGCUCCCUGGUGCCAUUGAGCCAAGAACAUCUAGUCAUCAAACUCUGCCAGCUGGUUCACCAUCUACUUAACCAGUUAAAGGUCAUAAUGGAUGAGCAGACCCUGGAUGUGUUGGUGAACUACACCACCCGUGCACUGAAAGUGUGCGGUGCAUGGACACACUCGGACAUCCUCCUCGCCCUCUCCACUGUGGUGUAUGGAAAUGGCCCUCAGUGCCACCAGCAUCUCGGCGAGUUGCUGCGCGAUGACGGAGUCCUGCAGCAGUACAGCUCCACGUGUCAGCCGAGUCUGGAGUUGCGUCGUGUUGCUCUCACCUGCAUGGCGAACAUUUGCCUCAGGAUCCCUGGCCAACCCCCUCUGGAUGAUCAGUACAGAAGCGUCUGCUUUCGAGUCUUCCUCCAAACACUGCAGUCACCUCAGCCUCCCCACACCGACGAGCUCUUCUACUGCCUGGUGAUCCAAGCAGCGCUGAAAGGAAUGCAGUACUGUCUCUCUGGUGGGAAAUGGAAAUUCGGUGGAGGGGAGGAGCUUGGGUCUGUACUGGCUGCUCUUAAGAGGCUGAUGUUCCAAGGCGCUCCUGGAGUGAGUGUGGAGUGGCUGACGGUACUCUACCCAGCACCUCUUCCACAGUAUGAAGCCCUCUCCCCACCGAAACCCGCCGGACUGCCGAAGUCCUCUGAACCAACGAAAGAUGCCACUACAUCCGGAAAGGCAUCAGCGAACAAAAAGAGAAAAUCCAAAGGAAAGGGGAAGAAGACAAAAACUGAGGAGAGCAAAGGUGAUGAGAGGGAUGAAGAUGAGAGAGAUACUGGAUCCACAUUGCAGAAAGGAGAGGGAAGAGAAAGCGGCAGAGGAGAAGAGGCCUUGCUUAAACCUUCGACUCCAUUUCUCUACCCAUCCUGGAAGAGAAGCAGUUCAGACUCUGAGUUUUCCGACCCAGAAGGCACUGCACAGAGCAGAUUAAGAUUAAACCACGGCCGUGUGCGUCAGGGAGCGCUCCACUGCCUGCUGGCAGUAGUGAAGGCGGUGGAGAAGAGGACUCUGUACGGGUACUGGUCGUCCUUCAUCCCCGACACUCCUAUCGGGGGGCCUCCGCCUCUUACUCUUCUCACAAUUAUUCUCAAAGACCCUUCGCCAAAGGUGCGGCUGUGCGCGCUUCAGGUGUUGUCGGGAAUCCUGGACGGCUCCCGCCAGUUCCUGGCCGUGGCCGAAGAUACCGCCUCCCCUCGGACGUCGUACACGCCUUUCUCGUUGACGCUGGCCACCACCAUCAGAGAGCUGCACCGCUCCCUCAGCCUGGCUCUGCUCGCCGAGACCUCCCCUCAGACCCUGACUCAGGUCAUCAAGUGUCUGGGCUUCCUGGUUUCCAACGCCCCCUAUCAUCGUCUCAGACCUGGCCUGCUCACCCAGCUCUGGAAACAGAUUCGUCCUCACCUGCGCCACAGAGACGUUAAUGUCCGGGUGUCAGUCCUCACGCUCUACGGGGCCAUGGUGACGACUCAGGCGCCGCUCCCGGAGGUGCAGCUCCUCCUCCGUCAGCCGGAGGACGGCGGCGGCGGCAGCACAGGCUCCUUCACGCCUCAGAAUGCGGCUCUCAGCUGGAGACGGAGGGAUGGGACGUCCUCGCCGGGCCGUGCGCCGGUCACGCCCUCGCAGGAGAGAUCAUGCGCCCCUCGCACUCCAGGGGAGGAGGAAAGCUCCCCGCCGUGGCUGCUGCAGCUGUGCGUGUCGCUGGUGACGCAGCCCAGAGAGGAGCAGUCGGACGGCGAGGGAGUGGGAGGAGGGGCGGCUUUGGAGGCCUCACCCGUCCGACUAGUGGCUCUACAGGCCUUGUCCCACUUGGUCCGUGGCUACUUCUCUCUAACCCAGACCUGUCUGUGUGAGAUCGGUCAGGUUAGCGCUCGCUGCCUCGGGGAGACGGACCCCUCCAUACAGCUGCAUGCAGCAAAGUUGCUGGAGGAGUUUGGUACGGGGAUAAUCCAGCAGUACAGAGGAGAAAACAAUGUGCCUGAAAGCUCAAGAGUUCCCAUAAGUCAGGUGGUGCAGUUUUGGUCAGAGGUGCUGAGUGGUCCGCUGAACGCGGCGCUGCAGAACGAGCAGCACCCGACGCUGCAGGCGAGCGCCUGCGACACGCUGUCCUCCAUUCUGCCCCAGGCCUUCGCUCAGCUGCCCGACAAAACGCAGCUGAUGUGCGUCACCGUGCUGCUGGGGCUGACCUACAUGGAGAACUAUCUGGUGAAGACUGCGGCCGUCAGGGCUUUGGGAAUCUACAUACUGUUCCCCUGUUUGAGAGAGGAUGUUAUGUUUGUGGCGGAUACAGCAAACGCCAUCCUGGCUGCCCUUGAUGAUCGAUCUACGAACGUCCGUGCCAAAGCUGCCUGGUCGCUUGGAAACCUAACAGAUACACUCAUUGUUAACAUGGAGUCCGUUGGCGUGGAUUUCCAGGAAGAGUUGUCGGACAUGCUGCUGCUGAAAAUGUUGCAAUCGGCCAACCGAGCAUCAGCCGACAAAGACAGGGUCAAGUCCAAUGCGGUGCGAGCUCUCGGGAACCUGCUUCACUUCCUGCGUGAGAGUCAGAUGACGCGGUCGGCGUUUCAGCGCCCGCUGGAAGACGCCGUUCUCGCGCUGGUUAAAACCGUCCAAUCAGAGGCCACCAUGAAGGUCCGGUGGAACGCCUGCUAUGCCUUAGGAAAUGCUUUUGGAAAUCCUGCGUUACCUCUUGACUCGGCUCCCUGGUCCCACGACGCAUUCACUGCCCUCUGCAACGUCGUAACGUCCUGCAAGAACUUCAAAGUGCGGAUCAAAUCUGCCGCCGCCCUGGCCGUUCCCGCUCGCCGUGGCUGCUACGGAGACGCGGAGCGCUUCAGCCGCGUGUGGCGCUCGCUGGCCACGGCUCUCGAAAACAGCGAGGACACAAACGACUUCCUGGAGUACCGCUACAGCGCCAGCCUGCGACACACGCUCUCGAAAGCCCUCCUGCAUCUGCUCAGCGUCAGCCAGCUGCAGGACAUGCCCGCCCUGGCCGUGUCGCUCGCCAGCGAGGAGGGCAGCGGCAUCAGAGAGCAUCUGGUCAAGUACCUGAGGGCGGAGGAAGGAGGUGUCGAGGAGGCGGAGGGAGAGAAAGACGCAAAGGAGGAGAGUUUCCAUCCCCAGCAGAGAGCUGGAGAUCUCCUGCAGACUCUGAGCAGAGUGAAAGGCUUGAGGGCUGAAGGGGAGGAGGAGCGAAGUAAAGAAGUGGUCGUUCAUUUCCUGGAGGAUUUGCUCAAGACUUGUGAAGACACUUAAAA